AUGGAAGUCUCGUCAAACUUUACGCCGCGUCGGCAGCCGUCCAACUCGCUGCCGACCUUCUCCCUCCCCCAGAACAACGCCAUGCUGGCGCCUCACUUCUCCAACCAGCCUCGCACGGCACCCGGGGCCGCGUCUCAGGUAGCCAUCGACCCCUACGCCCACUCGCGACCGCCGAGCAGCCCGAGCUUCUACGCCUCGAGCAACGCGCAGCAGUCCAACUACUACACGACGUCGAACGCGCCGCAGCAGGCGGCCUACCCGUCGAGCGCGUCGCAGCCGUCGAGCUACUACACGACGUCGACGAACCAGCAGCAGUCGGGCUACCACCCGUCGUCGACGACGCCCCAGCAGUCGAGCUUCCCCGCCACGACGCCGCAGCAGUCGAGCUUCCCGUCGUACGCCUCGCACGGCUCGGCCUCGCCCACGGGCACCGACCACGGCUCGCGCAUGGGUUCCAUCUCGGGACCCCACGGCGGCAUGGCGCCUCCCCAGCCCUCGUACGGACGCUACGGCGGCUACCCUCAGAUGUCGCCGACGCUCGGCGGACCCGUCAUGUCCAACAUCCACCAGCCCGGCGCCCAGAUGUCGGUGAUGCCCGGCAUGGGCAUGCCCGCCGGCUACCCGGGCCACGGCAUGAUGUACGGCCACCACGGCCAGCCGCAGCCACAGUCGGAGCGGCCCUUCAAGUGCGACCAGUGCACGCAGUCGUUCAGCCGAAACCACGACCUGAAGCGCCACAAGAGGAUCCACCUGGCCGUCAAGCCAUUUCCGUGCAACUACUGCAGCAAAAGCUUCUCGCGCAAGGACGCGCUCAAGAGACAUCGCCUCGUCAAGGGGUGCGAGAAUAAGGCCAGCGAGAACGCCGCCGGCGGCGAGCGACCCGACGCCGACCGGGCAGCCGACGCCGACGACGCUCGCUCGCCCACCACCAAGGACCCGUAA